CUUCCGGAUGCUGACGUCGGGGCAGCGCGGCGAGGAGACCCGGGCCGCGCGACCAUGACGAAGUUAGCGCAGUGGCUCUGGGGACUGGCGCUGCUGGGCUCCACCUGGCUGGCUCUGACCACCGGAGCCCUGGGCCUGGAGCUGCCGCCCUCCCUCCGGGAGCUCCUCUGGCCGCUGCCCGCCUACUUGCUCGUGUCCGCCGGCUGCUACGCCCUGGGCACGGUGGGUUACCGCGUGGCCACGUUUCACGACUGCGAGGACGCGGCGCGGGAGCUGCAGAGUCAGAUCCUGGAGGCCCGCGCUGACUUGGCGCGCCGGGGACUGCGCUUCUGACGGCCGGACGUCCAGCCCACCCCGUCCCCGGGGCCGCCCACGCCCCCAUUAAAGAGCAAUUUAUUUUCUA